GUUAAAUUUCACGCUGACUGCGCUCUCGCGACAGUGGCGGUUUCGGAGUCGCUUCGUGAUCCAGUGCGCCGACUGCGCGGCUCCUGUUUAGUGCCAUUAGGAGCGCAGCAAGGGCAGGAUGGACUCGAGACGCUGAGACCAAGACAAUGCUUUUGCCGUUGGUGCUUGCUAUCCUUUGCUCCUUCACAUCUUUAUGUGAGGCACUGAUGGGAGAUCAUGUCUGCGCCAAAAUUGAAAAAUAUUCUGUUCCUGUAACAGUAAGCUAUGCUAAACCUUACAAAGUAAGAGAAAAUUACUGGUGUCCAAAAUUCCCUCCAAGAUGUACAAGGGAGAAAACGGAGCUGAAGACGGAAUACCAAGUUGAGAAUAUCACUAAAACACGGGUGGUCAAUGUGUGCUGCAAAGGCUACCUUCAAGAGGACGACACCUGUGUGGCCUUUUGCACUCAAGGUUGCCAGCAAGGAACCUGCAUUGCGCCUGAUAUUUGCAAGUGUCACACCGACUUCUAUGGACCGUCAUGCGAAAAAGUGUAUGAAUUAGUGCAGUUUGUUCCGUCAAGUUCGACAACUACCAUAAGCACCGCUGUUGAAGAUUUUUCUGAGGUUUCGUUAACACUUUCAACUACCCCACGAUGGUCUCCAGCGAUUUCUACGACAACGACAAAACCUACAUCACCGAGCCCUUUGCCCACUAGUGUUGAAAACACAACUCCUAGUGACGAAAUGCUGAAAAUUAGCUCACCUGCGUCUGAUGAGCCAGCCCUUGCAAAAACCUCCCCUUCCGUUCUCAAAAAUGAAGAAGGUCACACGCACGACCUCGAGGCUCAACCGUCCGACGCUUUUGAAGUGACCCUGGGCACGAUUUCGUCAACAGAGGAUCCCUUGGGGUCCUUUCCAACGUCCCCCUCCAUUACAUCGGAAACAACCCCACUAUUCGCGAAAGAAAUAGUGACUCCCGAAAUUACUGAAAUCAUUGAAUCGUCAACGGAGACGCAGCCCACCCCUUCCAACCCCUUGAUAAACUUUUCGCAGCCCCUUUCCCCUCCGACCGGCGGCGACCCGGGUUCGACGUCCUUUGCUGGCACUACUGGCUUCACGCACUCGGUGAUUGUGUUGAACAACCACUCCAUUCACACUAGCGUCGCGACCCACCCGCGCCACAAUCAGGCGCUCCAUUCAUUUUUUGAGGAACACGCUUUUCUCCUAGUCGUGGUUGGGGCGGCGCUCUCUCUAAUUUUAGGCACUGUCCUUGCCGUCCUAGUUUGCCAGCAAGUCGUGAAAAACGGAAAGAAGAAACAAAAUAACAGUUCUCAAGAAACUGUCCGGCAUUUACCUCCUUUGCCAACAGCAAUAUCCUUGGAAAUGCCAUCAACCCCUAUUAUAAGUUUCUCUGCAUGCUGUGAGUCUAUUGAUCUUCAGCCAGCCAUAUAUUCAAUGGGAACGUUCAAACCAUCAGGUCACCAGCCCACAAUUUCUAGAGAAUUGCGAGAGGCACUAGAGGCUACCUAUGACCACCCGCCCUCGCAAAGUAGGUCAUGUCACAGCUCGGAGGGUCAAAGAUCGCUGGCGGAAAUGUGGGAAGCGGUGAUGAGCGCCAGCAAAGAGCGCGAGGUGCCGCAGCCCGCGCAGGUCGACGAAGAGCAUCUGUACCAGGAAAUUCCGUGUUACCAUCCAAGGUUGGAAAUCCACGACUCGAGGUGCUGAACUAAUUCACCGCCAGAGAGAAAAACUAUUUUCUUGUGGUCAACUCUGUGAAAAGUUCAAGAUUUUAUUUUUUAAGACUGCUCAUUUCUUUAUUAAAUUUAAGUGGCUCCUAAAAGAAACGAAUUUUCUGUUUAUUUAUUACUUUUUUUUACUUAUUAUACAAAGUUCCUUAAAAAAACUCAUUUUUGUUCAAAAUUAUCUGGGAAAUCUAUGCGUAAUAUAAACACGUGAUGAAACGUCAUUAUUAGCACUUGCGUCACAAGCCAGACGGAGAGGAAGGUAAAAAGUCCAACGUCCAACACCACCGCUCUUAUUUUUUCUUAGACAAAAUAUCAGUACCAUCAUCAAGUGACUCAAACUGGUUGAUUAGCUUUUAUUAUGAAAUUUCGGGUUUUCGUACCGAAAGUCUUGUAUUUUUUUCGUCAAAUUUAAACAAAUAUAAGUAACAUAAAAAUUAGAAAAAUUAUUUUUUGCAGAAAUUUAUUAAAAUGAUUUCUACUAAGUAUGCUGUUUAAACCAAAAUAUCGCAAAAUAAAUAUUUAUU